GUGCAAAAGUCGCGAAAGCACACAAAUUUUCCUGUGAAUUAUCACAACUUCGACGAGGAAAAUUGGCUCGGAUUUGCUUAGUUUUGUCCGGAAGGUUACAAAUCAUCGCUUGGCAAAGUGUGGAAAUUGUGCAGCGAAGGAAAAUUGCAGAAAGUUGGGAAGAGGAAAUGUCAAUUUUGGAACCAUCUCAAGGCAGCCACAUCGGGAUCUUUGUCAUCUGAACAAGGAACAGAAAAUCGAGGGGGGACCAGAAAUUCAAGUGUGAAUUAUUUUUCCCAGUAAAAAGUAGAGCGAGAAAAGGUAGUCAAAAUGGUUUUAGCCGAUCUCGGGCGGAAGAUUACGAAUGCCCUGCAUUCGCUCAGCAAGGCAACCAUCAUCAAUGAGGAGGUGUUGGAUUCCAUGCUGAAGGAGAUCUGCACGGCACUGCUCGAGGCGGACGUCAACAUUCGGCUGGUCAAGAAGCUGCGGGAGAAUGUCAAGUCGGUGAUUGACUUUGACGAAAUGGCCGGAGGUUUGAACAAACGGCGAAUGAUCCAAUCGGCCGUGUUCAAGGAACUGGUCAAGCUGGUCGAUCCGGGAGUAAAGCCCUUCCAGCCCGUGAAGGGACGCCAUAAUGUGAUUAUGUUUGUCGGACUGCAGGGUUCAGGAAAGACGACCACCUGUACCAAGUUGGCCUACCACUAUCAGAAGAAGAACUGGAAGUCUUGUUUGGUGUGUGCGGAUACGUUCCGUGCUGGUGCGUACGAUCAGAUCAAGCAGAAUGCCACCAAGGCUCGAAUUCCGUUCUAUGGUAGCUACACGGAGAUGGAUCCAGUGGUCAUCGCCCAGGACGGUGUGGAUAUGUUCAAGAAGGAAGGGUUCGAAUUCAUUAUCGUGGAUACCAGCGGUCGGCACAAGCAGGAGGAAUCACUGUUCGAGGAGAUGUUGGCCGUGGCGACGGCCGUCAAGCCGGAUAACAUUAUUUUCGUGAUGGAUGCCACAAUUGGACAGGCUUGCGAGUCGCAAGCUAAGGCUUUCAAGGAAAAGGUCGAUAUUGGAUCGGUUAUCAUUACCAAGCUAGAUGGACAUGCUAAGGGAGGCGGUGCUCUGUCGGCUGUGGCCGCGACGAAUUCUCCGAUCAUCUUCAUCGGUACCGGAGAACACAUUGACGAUUUGGAACCGUUCAAGACGAAACCGUUCAUUAGCAAGCUGCUCGGAAUGGGCGACAUUGAGGGUUUGAUCGAUAAGGUUAACGAGCUGAACCUGGACGACAACGAGGAACUGAUUGACAAAAUCAAACACGGACAGUUCACCAUUCGGGACAUGUACGAGCAGUUCCAGAACAUCAUGAAGAUGGGACCGUUCUCGCAGAUCAUGGGCAUGAUCCCCGGCUUCUCGCAGGACUUUAUGACCAAGGGUGGCGAGCAGGAGUCUAUGGCCCGUAUCAAGCGGCUCAUGACCAUGAUGGAUUCCAUGUCCGACGGGGAGCUGGACAACAAGGACGGAGCCAAACUGUUCAGCAAGCAGCCGACGCGUGUCAUUCGUGUAGCUCAAGGAUCAGGCGUGACGGAGCGGGAAGUGCGGGACCUGAUCUCCCAGUAUACGAAGUUUGCAGCCGUCAUUAAGAAGAUGGGCGGCAUCAAGGGGCUGUUCAAGAGCGGCGAUAUGACCAAGAACGUGAACCCCACGCAGAUGGCCAAGUUGAACCAGCAGAUGGCGAAGAUGAUCGACCCGCGGAUGUUCCAGCAGAUGGGAGGCAUGAGUGGCCUGCAGAAUAUGAUGCGGCAGCUGCAGCAGGGCGCCGGAGGGCUGGGGAAUUUGAUGGGAGGAUUCGGUAAGUCCUGAAGAUGCUGUAGGAGCUUUUUAGUUUGAGAAAAAAAAACCGGUAAGAUUGUGUCUGAUCCUACUGUAUUCUUUGAGUUCUUUUAUUCCCGAUUAUGAAAUAGUUUAUGUUUGUUGUACGAGGAAAUAUUGAUUUUUGUAUUAUUUUAAGCGCAUUGAAACAACGAGAAGAACACGCGUUCUCGUCCCAAUAGGAAAAUAGAAAUGUCUAGGUAUAUCCACUAUCGUA